GAUAGCCACGUGAAUCACUGUCUGAAGGUUCAAUUGUCGUGAUCUACAAAGUUAUUCUUCGACCCCUUUGUACGAAAUAUUUAAGCUGCCACCACCUGGUUAAUUCGUCCAGGAACCUUCCCGGACACGUGUCAUCCACGGGCAUGGGCGGCCUCGCAUUUUUGGUUUUCAGAGGGGAGACUCGUUCUCUCCUCCGGUUCCUCCGCCACUUGGCUGGAGAUUCACUACAGAAUCGCACCUCUGGCCAGUCACUCUCAUGCGAGGGACGGAGCGAGACCGGCCCGGGAGCGAGCGCUUUUGCCGUCGUUGGAAAUUGGAUCUGCAAAGCAGCGUGAUUCUUCUUCUUAAAUCCAUUUUACAAUUGUUCAAGAUAGCUGUAUGAAAUAUGAUCCUCGCGCGACCCCGGGGAGGUCUCCUCCUGUUGGUGGCGGCUGUCGUAUUGGGCUGUUUGCUCCUGCAGGGACAGUUUGCUGAGAUUUCGCACUCAGCGCUCCCGCACGCCAUCCCCCAACCCGCCAGGACGCUUCUGAUGAAGGAGAAACCGUUGCCAUGGUGGGAUGGAGGCGACUGCGGCUGCGUCGGCGCCGGCCUCUGCCUUCCCAAAGAAGCUCCCAGACUCUCGUGGGAAGACGCGGGCGGCGCCUGCGGUCUAAGGGCGUGGGCGGCAGGCGAAGGGCGGAGAGUGAUCAGCUUUUCGCUGUAUGGAAACGAUGCCAGGUUUUGGAAGGCGUUUCGGAAGAACUUCGAUUUGAUAAAGACCCAGUUCCCCGGCUGGGUUGUGUGGGUGUACACUGAUCCUCGAGGCCGAGAAAAUAUCAUGUGCCCUCUUCUGCGAGACUUUCCUUUCCUCUACGUCUGCGACGUCACCAACCUGCCUUCGCUCGGGGAUGUGACAUCCAUCCACAACAUGAUUUGGAGGGCGCUGCCCCUCGGCGACGCGAGGCUUUCUGCCUUCUUCGUUCGAGAUUCCGACGCCCUCCUCCUGGAGCGAGAGGCAGAGGCAGUGAAGGAGUGGAUGUCGGAGAACAAGACCUUCCACGUGCUCAGGGACCACCCUCGUCACAUCGGCCCCAUAAUGGGGGGGCUGUGGGGCGUGCGAUGGGACCACGUGGGGGCGCGAGCCAGACACUCGCUCGUGGCAGUCAGAGACGCAAUCAUACGGACGGCGAGAGGGAAGUUCAGGAAAGGUGACGAUCAGCCGAUAUUGUGGAAAACGCUGUAUCCGAGGAUGAAAGGCGACCUGGUGGCUCACGACAGUUUCUCCUGCGAGAGAUUCCCGGAGGGUUCGAGGCCCUUCCCGACGCAGCGCGUGAACGGCACGUACAUCGGCAACUACGCGGGCGGACAAGACGUCGACCAUCUGCUUGUGACGACGCCCUGCCCCGUCAAAUGCCGCCCAAAGAAUCAUCAGGAUUGGACUUAUUGCUGAUUUGAACUUUCAGCGACGAGAGUCACCAUUUUCUGUGCAGAACUUUUUAAUUUUAAGACUACCUAGUGUAAUUGACACUGAUAGCGUUCAUUUAUAAGGUAAUGUCAUUAGUAUUAAUAAAUGGAUGAAUUAUAUGAUUCAGGCCAU